GAUGAAUACUCGCAGUUAUCAGCUUAUGAAAGGAAAAGACUAAAGAACAUUACGGAAAAUGCUAAAUUCUUUGCUGCUUUAAAGCUGCACGAGUCAGCUGCAAGACUUCAACAAAUUGCAACUAAAAGACAAUCUCAGGUCACCAAAAGAGCUAAGCCUAAAAAGGCAGAAGAUGAACCAGUACGGAGAAGAUCUAUGCGCCUGCAAAGGGUAGAGCCCUCGGGAAUUCCAGUGCCGGAGAUGCCUGCCCAGUCCGCAGCAGAGGAAUAUCCUCAGGUUCCAGCCGGACCUUUGCCGAUGGUUCCCGAAGAUCAGAUGGAGAACAGGAAGCUGACAGAGGACUUACUGACGACAUGGAUGAGGAUAAGCGAGAUGGAAGGUGCGGAUACCGAAAAGCACACACAUGACUUGAAAAGAUACCAAGAGAGCCUGAACAGCAUGCGGCUCAGCGAAGAGAACGUUAAGAAGGUUGUGAAAUACCGAGUGUGUUCUAUGGCUAUCCAUCCUUCCGAAAGCAUCGUCUUUGUGGCAGCUGGGGACAAGACCGGGCAGAUUGGCCUCUGGAACGUGAGCUCUAAGUCUGAAGAAGGAGCUCACGUCUUUGUUCCGCACAGCAGCAUGGUCAGCUGCAUGCAUUUCUCCCCGUGUAACCCUGCUCACUUGCUGUCUCUAAGCAAUGAGACUCUGCGCUGUGGUGAUGUCACUAGAGCUCUCUUUGAUGAGAUAUGCAGAACUGAAGAAGGCUUCUCUUCCUUUGACUUUUUGGAAGAUAAUGCCUCCACUGCAAUAGUAGGACACUGGGAUGGUGACGUCGCCGUUGUGGACAGACGGACCCCAGGAACAUCUUCAGAGCUUUCUGCAGACAUUGGCUUCCAGAGAACGAGGACGGUGCAUGUUCACCCCGUGAAGAAGCAGUAUUUCGUUGCUGCCGGCUCAGUGGAUGUUUGUGUUUAUGACGUUCGAUACCUGAAGUCUAAAGGGAACGAGCCCGUGAGCUCUCUGAAAGGACACACAAAAAGCGUCGCGUCCGCCUAUUUCUCGCCGGUAACUGGGAACAGAGUCGUGACAGUCUGUGCUGAUGAUAAGCUGCGGGUCUAUGACACCACCUCUUUGACAUCAGCAGUCGCUGUUCUCAGCACUGUCAGACACAACAACAACACGGGCCGCUGGUUAACCAGGUUCAGAGCAAUCUGGGACCCUAAACAGGAGGAGUGCUUCGUGGUGGGCAGUAUGGCCCGGCCAAGGCAAAUAGAAAUCUUCCAAGAUACUGGAAAAUUGUUGCACUCCCUUUAUAACCUCGACUGCCUCAGUUCCGUGUGCUCCAUUAACGUUGUUCAUCCCACUAAGAACAUCUUAGUGGGUGGCAACUCCAGUGGCCGCCUUCACGUGUUCAAAGAAUAA